UGCAGACUCACACACACACAAACAGAGACACACACACUCUGAGCUCCUCACACCAGCUGCUGUCUCUUUACUAACGGGACAACUUUAAACCUCCUGGAUACCACAGUGGACCCUCUGCUCAGUGUGAACACCCCGGACUGAGGACGUUCACUGCCGCUGAAAGGAUGAUAACGAUCGUGGGAGGAGGCCACGGCCGGAGGUGCAGCCCUCGCUAGAAUCCUACUUCUCUUCCAGUUCACCCCUUUACCAUCGCCCAGUGUUGCUGUCCACCCCACCCCAACCCGGCACCAUGGCCAACCACCUGGAGCUGAUCCAAGAGCUGCAGCAGCUGGACAAGGUGCCCAGUCUGGAGAGACUGCGGGCGGCCCAGAAGCGGCGCACCCAGCAGCUGAAGAGAUGGGCUGUGUAUGAGAAGGAGAUGCAAAACAAGAAGCGAAAGGCCGACAAGAAGGGACGCAUUGCCAACAGCCUCCAGCAAUCAGAGCCCAAGAAACACGUGUCGUUUGCCGCCAGCGUGGCCCUCCUGGAGGCUUCGGCCAGGAAUGAUCCAGAUGAAGUUCGUUACCUGCUGAGGAACAAUGUGAGUCCAGACCUCUGCAAUGAAGACGGCCUUACAGCUCUGCAUCAGGUAAGAUUAUCUCUUCUCAGUCUGCUUCAGCUCGAAUAG